CACGUAUCUUGUCGGACGGUUGAGACUGCGAUCGCCUCUUGGAGGUUUCCUGACUCGAGAUCUUUUUAUAUCUUGAGUCACACAACUUCGAGAGGUACAUUGAACUCUGCUGCUUCGGGCUCCAACAAGUUUUAAGGUACAAGAAAAUGGAGGAGCUAUGGUCCGCAGGAGCCUCCAUAUGGAGCGGAUCAAAUUUUAACAAAAAUGACGGAGUUGCGGUUUUAAUUAAUAAUCCUAACAUCUUGGUGAAGGGCAGCACUGUGCCCCCUUCGGUGGUUCCUGAUGAAACUGGAGAGGGCGGUGUUUUACUUCCUGUGGGGGUCCAAGUGGGAGCACCUGAAGAGGGAGACAGUCAAGAAAAGGCCAGAGAACGGUGGAAAAGGCCUCCCAGACCCCCACCUGUUUUUAGGCAGCCGCUUCACCGCCUUGCACAUCAGUUAUGCCAUGACCCCAUCCAAAGAAAACAAGACGGCUGCAAUGGCGCGAUUUUGGAUGGGGUCUUACCUAAGAACUUUGAAAAUUUUACCAGUAGAUUUGAAAACCCCAGUGUCUUUUAACUUGCCUAAAGAGUACAGUUUUAUAAAAAAGUUUUUAAAGAAAUACCUUUUAGAGAGUGAAGAUUUCACCAUUUUAACUAAACACAAGUCUCUCAUUUCUGUUGUGCAGGACCGGGAACCGGUGAGUCCAGUUCCGGGCCUCACACUAAGUGAGGCCAAACAAGUUUGGCGGAAUGCGGCUCACCCUGAUCUCCAGAACAGGCACAAGGACUUAUCGUGGAUGGUGGCUCAUGAGAUCCUCCCGAUCUGGGCGGUUAUGCACUCCAGAGGCAUGGCCAAAAACCCCAUCUGCCCUCGGUCCGGCUGCAAUUCCCCGGAGACCGUCCACCACCUGCUCUGGGACUGCAGCACUGCGCGGGACCUGUGGGCCAAGACCGGCCCCCUGUAUUUCCCGUGCCUACCAGCAGGUGGGGCCCAGUUCGGGUACCAGCUCGCCAUCCUUGGGGUGGGCCGGGGCUUGAAGGACUUGACGGCACAGAAAUUUACCUCGCUCUGGCUCACCCUCAACGUCAUCAAGGAUGCCAUCUGGGCCACCAGAAACCUGCUGGUGGGAAAGCGCGUUACGGUAACCCUCCAUGCAUGUGAGCUUAAGGUAACAUCAAUGCUGCAGGGGUACCGGAUGACGAUAUUCGGACGGGGGGGCCGGGGUCGCACAGAGAGGGUCCCGGCAGGCACCGACCCUGGCUGCCCGUAGAUGCACCCUCACCAUUCUGGCUACGGGAACAGCGGGCCAGCGGGCCGGAGGAGAGGGGAUCUCCGCUGAGCCCGUAAAGUAGCAUCUCAUGUCCUUGUUCUGGAGAGUGGGGUGAAGACCGACUUGAUAAGGACUCACCCCCGGUCUUGCACAACAGAUGAUUUUUUAUUGGUGUUUUUAUUGUGUUUUAUCA